CCCCAGCAGCGCCUGGUUGGCAAGAACGCCAUUGCAGCAAUCAUGGCGGAUCUCAACAGCAGCCUGACAGCCAUGGACUGGUUGCCAAAACUCAGCGUAGGCACUGCUUUAAACAAUGCCAACGCGAAAAUAACAAACAACAAUAACGAUCCAGGCAAGGAUAAAAGUCCCUUUCGGAAACCACCUAGUUCCCCACUCGAUCCGAAUGCGACUUUGGACGACGAUGAGGCACAACAACACAAAACCCGCGAAAGCAAACCACCGUACUCGUACGCAAACUUGAUCACGUUUGCGAUUAAUAGCUCACCCAAAAAGAAGAUGACUUUGAGCGAGAUCUACCAAUGGAUCUGCGAAAAAUUUCCUUAUUAUAAAGAGGCUGGAAAUGGCUGGAAGGUAGUAAGCUCUAUCUGUGUGUAGCACUUGUAUUUCUUGUGAAGCAAAAUAUCUAAGCUUAACUUGGAAUACUACGAGUUAUCUUUUUCAACUACGUAGCGAAAACUGUUGUAACUAAAUAUUGUUUGUCCUUCGCAGAAUUCCAUUCGGCACAAUUUGUCUUUAAAUAAAUGCUUUAUGAAAGUUCCCCGGAGUAAAGACGACCCGGGAAAGGUAAGUAAGCUCAUCAACUUAUAAGUUGAUUACUCGGUUGAACAGAUUUAAAUUCCUUGUAUUUGACUGCAUUUUAUUUUUCAUUCUAGAGAACUUUUUGAUAUUUCUCUUUUACUCUACUUUAGGGGUCAUACUGGGCAAUAGACCAAAAUCCGCAGGACGAUAGUGCCCAUGCUAGACAGACGAGGAAAAGACGAACAAGCGACUCUAGGGUAAGAUCACGAUCGGUCACAGAAAGAACUUCAAUAAUAAUCUACUUAUUAAAUGCGAAAUUAGCUUACAAAGACUGAAAAAUCUGUAACUUAAAAAAGAGCGAUUGACGAUGUUUUUGUGUGGUGAACUAAUCAACGUGAAUAUACAUGGCGUUGGUUAGUAAAUAAAGAAAAAACUUUUAAAUUUUGUAUGCUCGCACUCUAUCAGUAUAUUACACGAACUGAAAGUGAUUUAGUUGUGGCGCCAUUUCGCGGGAAGUGUGAUUUAAUUGUUGCUGUUGUGCUUCGUCGUGUUUGAUGUUAGUUUGUCGAAUUUUAGAUUUUUGGUGUGUAACCUUCGCUAAAUAUUAUGGAUAACGUUAAAGACGACUUGACAGAAUGUUACUCGGAUCCAAUUUUUGCCACGAGAACGUUGAUUUCAUUUGUCUACAACAGCAUGUCCUAUAUUAGGUUAUUUCGACUGCCCUAACAAUUACAUCACCUUCACAUCUUCAGGCACUUUGCGUGAAAAAAUCUUAAUAGAUACCACUCUAUUUUAAGUUUUGUUCUUAUGUUGUUACUUCGCCUAUUUGGUUUCGUUUCAUGAAGGUUUUUCACAUGUCGUGAUUUCGAGGUUAAUUUUGGGCACUUGAAAGUAAGAGUUUCCUGCAUAUCUCCGCCUUUCAUCAUUUAUUUUAAUAGCUUAUUAAAUUUGGGUUUAUUUUUGGAAACAAAACAGCAACUAACAAUUUCUUUCUCAUUUUUGAAGGCUAUCUUCUCUCUAUAGUACCUUUCCAUGUUUAAUUAUGAUCUGACUAGCACUCAAAAAAACAGUUUAUGUGAAACGAAUGUCUUAAAAAAUUAAUCUAAGUGAAUAGUCGGCUUUUGUUACCCCUUCGACAUGGAACAGUUGUAAUUGUAUUUUCCCAUUUUUAAAGCUUUUAUUAAAAAGAGAUAUGAACCUGCGAUAGUACAAAUUGAAGGCUUUUGUUACUUUUCUCAGUGACGUAUCUAGGGGAGCCCUCCCCCCCUCUUAUUUUUAGACAAAACUGAGGCCCAAAUGGCGUUUUUUUAGACGGGGCAUCCCCCUUAUCUCUGGGUCUCGAUGAACCCCCCCCCCUCUACUACAAGUUAAACAUGCUACAUGCAACAGUGAGUUGUUGAGCUGUUUUACAUAGUCGCGACUACGGAGAACAUUUUGCUCACAUUUUGCCGUCUUGGUGAUUCUGGAAUCUCGUCUUUUCGUAAAGAAGUUUUCAAUUCACCUGCUUUAAGGGAGAGGUUGUGUCCAAUUUCUGCUCAGAUUUACACUUUUAAUAUACUCGAACCAUUUAAAGUUUUUAUUGAAAACUAUAAGCUUAGCUGUUUAUAUGCAGAAUUCAGAUUGACGGCUGAGACCAGAAAUCAUGCAGGUAAUUUAUUUUCUCUUCGUACUUUGAAAGUUUCAAGGUUUGUUUGGAAUGAUUUGUGUGUUUUUCUACUAGUGUAACCUUUUUAUGCGAGUUUUUAUAUCGCAUUUGCUGAAUGAAAAUGAUAUAAACACCUUUGAGAUAAUCAAAACUCAGCAUUUUGAUACUUCAAACUUUUAGUACAUCACUAAUCGGAGAAAUCCAUCUUAUAAAUCUAAUAAAAGAAAUAUUACAUAUUUCUGCAGAAAAAUAGAAACCGUGCAACCAAAACUUUGUUCACCAAUUUCACUCGACAUCGCUAAUUUCUCCAAAUGCAGAAAAAUAAGCCACUUGCACUAAGAGGUCACGUGACCAAUGCUUCCUUUAAACAAUGAGCUGGAAUCUUGCUGAUGCCAAAAAUUGACAGAGCACACAAAAAUUAUCUUACACCCGAAAUUUGAGAGGAAACGCACAUAAGGGGGAUAUUUUAUGUCACUUUGAUUUUUCAACAAAGUAGUAUGAUUUGUAUUGGUCACCAUGUUGUAGGGCAUACCCUUGCCCUCCAACAUGGCGGUCAAAACUAUUUUUUGCUUACAUCUUGUUAAACAUUUGAUAGUUACGCUCAGAUGUGCUAUAAACGUUGUCACAUUAUCUUUUCAACAUUUUCCUUGGAGUUUAAGUGCAAAAUUUGUGUUCAGAAAGAAGUAAGUCAUAAUUUUAAAAAAUCACAUUUUGGUCACGUAACCAGCUAUGAACUUACUCAUUUUAAGAAAAUGGAGCGGGUUUGAAAAACCAAAUCACUAUUAUUUUGUUUAAGAUGUGACCCACUAAUCGUUUUUGGAAGGCAAAAUCAUAUAACGGUCAUUUUCAUAAAAACGAUGUCACAUGACCUCUUAAUGCAAAUGGCCUAAGAUAAGAUCACAUGCAAAAUACUUGCAUUUUAGUGAACUGAACAUGAAAACAAGAAAAUCUGUGUGUGUUUUUUCCGUCUCUCUUGUCUUUUAGUCUACCGUCUGUACUGUAAUCUUAAUGUUCUAUUUUUGCACAACUCAGCCUAGAUAGAUAGAUAGAUAGUUUAAUAACCAAUACAUUGCAGCCCGAAGGCUGAAUUACAAAUGAUUGAACUGAUAAAAUGUGUAUAUAAAACUAAGUACAGUAAAUAUAAAAGUAUAAAAAAAUAUGAUAAAAGGACGAAAAAUCUAUGUAUAUAUAUUAUCGAUGCAGGAUCUAAUUAUAAAACUGUUCCUAAGACGAUCUGUCUUGCAUUUAGGUACAAUGAAGCGCCUGUUGCACGUUAGGGCAUAACCUGACGGUCCGCUAAAUUGUAUUAACCUGUUCAGACAGUGUUCAGGCUCCUUUAUAAUGGUGUCGAAAGUAUUACUACAUAGCCCUGUGAUGAAAUCUACAAUAGGGACAAUGUUCACUAGUUCGAUGGUCUCCUGGUAGGGCAGUCCUGGGCAUAUUAUAGACAUUGCCUGCUUCUCAACUCGCACCAACUCAGCAGGUGCUGCAUAAGUAAGAACAGAGCGUAUACAAGCAGUGUAAAGGUGGACGUAUCAUGCCGAGGAACUCUUGAUCUUUUUAACAGCACUAAAAAAUACAGACGCUUUGAAGCUUUCUUGAUUACGUCACUAAUAUGUUCGUUCCACGUAAGGUUGUUCGAUAUGGUCAGACCUAGUAGUUUCGCACUAGUCACUCUCUCUAGUUCUUUACCAUCUACUACAAUAGGCACAGACUGGGGCUCAUUCUUUACUAAAGAUAUUCUGAGUUCCUUACACUUUUCGCUAUUGAGUUUGACUCUAUUCUGCAUAGACCACUCCGUGACCUUAUCUGCGAUGUCCUGGGCACAACUGCGGUUGCCCUUGGAAACGACUUCUGAUGCCGUCGUAUCCUCAACGUACUUCCAUACAUUAGCUAAAUCAUCAACAUCUAAGUCAUUUAUAAGUACAAGAAAUAGCCAUGGGCCUAAUUUUGUUCCCUGAGGGACUCCGGAGGGCACUGAACCUCACUCUGAGUAACAGCCAUUAGAUAGUUUGAUUCUUUGGGAACGAUUAGAAAGGAAAUCUAUGAUCCAGUUGAUAAUUCUUGUAGGCAGAUUCAACCUGCACAAUUUCUCUACGAGUAUUCUAUGAUCUAUAAGGGUAAACGCUUUUUUAUACUCAAAGAGAAUAGCUCUAACUGUAGCGCCGUUGCCAUCGGUUUGCUUGGACCAGUUGUGAAGCAUGUGCAUCAGCGCCUGGGUGGUUAGUGCUACAAACAAAGGACAACUCUUAUCCUGCCCUACUUCGUAGUCUGUAGUCGCUGUAUCUUAAAAACCCUAUAUACUUGAGAUGAAUCUUAAUAGCCUUUGAUCAAAAGCCUUCCUUCUUGAGAAUGUAUGUUAGGGGUCAAGUUUAUCCUUGGGUUAAAAUUUUCUCCCUUGUUGUGGCUACUACCUCCCUUUAAGGAAGGUGGUAGCCACCAUGUCAUGGUGUUGUAAGUGUGUAAGUCCGUAAACUUGCACAGGAAGCCAACUAUCUUGGUCUAGUUGAAAUUGUGGCCGCUUUAAAAAGCGGUUGAAAAAAUGCUUUUGGUGAUGCAUUUCAACAGCAGAUUUAUUUUGCAGAGAAAAUGGGAGCGAUUUGGACCAACAGUUUUAAAAUAAGAGGAAACAUGGUAUUUAAAUAUUUGUGAUGCGUCUACUAUGUGCUUCUGCCCCAUAGUUCUUUGAUUGUGUACCUGAACAACUGUGUGGUAUGAGGUUCGAGCCCUAGCAGUGAAUUUUUUUCUUUUUUAUUUGCGCUUUUUUGGGGGGCUUUUUGUUUUUCUUUUAAUUCCUAAUUUAAUUUUCUACAGCACAGUUAGAGGUCUUACCAAAUGUAAGACACACAGGAGUCUUUCAGAUUAGCAAGAUGGUUUAGGGCAAUUCCACGUGAGACAAUAAAAUUUUGAAUUUUUUAAAAUAAAAUUUUGCACAAUGAAACUUAACCGACAGAAAGCUGAAACAAUGGGCUGUUUGAAAUUACUGACAUCUUGUGUGUCUUGUCCAUGUGCUUAAUGUGAGAAGGCAUGAAAUCCAGAGAAUUUGAAUCUCAUUAUAUUUGGAAUUUUUGGAAGGAAGUUUUAAAUAAAAUUUUAACAUCUAAGAAAACAUACAGUUAACAUAAAAGUAUGUGUGUAUUAUAACCUUUGCCUCACACUAUUAUUAGGCUAUAAAUUAUUAUCCAGCUACUGGCACUUUCCUAAGAAAAUUGACAUUGAAUUUUUGUUGCAGACAUUACGUAAUGUCCGCAAAGUUAAGGUACCUUUUUUCAGUUCCUGUACACAGUGUGCUGUAUUUUCAUGUGCUAUUGAUGCUGCUCAGUUAGUCUGAUGUAUACUCUAUUUUAAUCUCAAAACAUUUCCUGGGUGGGUUUUCUUUGCUCAGAAAUUAUAAGUUGAAAAGUGUUGCGGACAUUACAUUGCGGACAUUACACAUGUUAGAUUUUUCAUUUAUUCAGGCUGUUGCGGAUGUUUAGUUCUUACUAUCCCUGAAUUAGAUUUAGACAACAGCCCACUUAACACUAAAUUGCUUUUUAUUGAUGUACAAAUGUAAAUGGCAAAUUAAAAAGAGCUGUUAGCUUUUUCGUAAUGUCCAAUGAGUUUAAUUUACAAACUAUUAAAAACAUUCUAAAUAAUUUACCAUUUCUGUGAUAUUCUUGAAAAUGGGCAAACAUAGUGAUUUUCGAAUUAGUUCCCUCCAUAAAGUAGUAUAGGUGCAUGACGAAUUUUGCAGUACUUUAACAGAAAAAUGGGAAAAUAUGGGGGACGCUGUCACAAAAUUACAGAGUGACAUUUGUAUGGAUCUUUAACUGUGUUUCAAGAGUCAUAACUUGAUCCAGUUUAUCAAUUAGUUUAAAUUUGAAACUUGCCCCAGUUCCCUAUGCAACUCCAAAAUGGCCAAUGAUCAUGAGUAGCUGGUCAGGGGUUUUGUACUGCUGAGCAUGCUCAGAACAGUUUGUAAGCAUGCUUUUUGAGGAAAAGCACUGACCAUCAUUAUUUCUUCCGCAAAUUUGAUUGGGUAUUAUUUUUUAAACUAGAAUUUGUAAUAUAAUGUGUAGUAAACAAUGUGCAAUUUUAGUGCAAAUUUACAUUUUAUCUGUCUUUAAGUCAGACUGAAUGACAAAAUAUAAUAAUAAUUUUAUUUCAGUAGCUAAAUCAGUUUUGUAAAAAACAAAAUACUAUCCUCACUACUGAGAACGUUUUUUUUUCUCACAACUUUUUCUUGAGAUGUAAUAUAAUUAAUUUGGAAAUUAUUUUAAGGAGUCAGUAUAGCAGAAAAAAAUCUGACUGGUAUUGCAUGAUACUAGGUCUCAGCAGGAGAUUAUAUAAUAUUAUAAUAGAACAUAAAUAAAGUAAAUGAUAAUUUCACAGCUUCAUUUUUAGACAAGUAACUAUAGAACAAAUGGACAUAGCCACAGUCAGCAACACUGACUAGCAAGUGAAUGAUAAAAAAUGUGUUCCCAAAAAUGUAAUGUCCGCAACAAUUUUGACAGUUGAAAAAUCUAAUUAUUGUUAUGUUUUGAAGGCGCAAUUAUUUUCUGCUCAAGGUUAAAAAUUCACAGGAAAAUCUCUGUAAAUGAGAUUACCUUAAAAAGUGGUUGUUUAAACUGUAAUGUCCGCAACACACUUUAUUCAGCUCAUACCUUCAAGGUCUUAAGAGCUAACCAAAGCAUCUUUUUAUUAGGUACAAAGGGAACACUAAAAAUACUUUCUAGAUAUGUUUGAAAACCCUUAACAAACAUUUUGACAUCUAAAUUGGGGUUUAAAAUAUUAAUUUUAGUAUCUGAAUGUAAUGUCUGCAACAUGGAACCACCCUUUAAUAACUUGGGGACUGGAUUUAAAGAAUCUUUGACUUGUCCAGAAGAGAAGAUAAGCAUUUGCUCUUUGACUCCCUAAGAUCAUGGGGGAUAUACAAAUUUCAGCUGGUUGGAAAGCGAUUUGAAAGUGAGAAAAUGUCAUGCUAUGCUACUCUUUAGGAACCUGCAUGAGCCGUAAAUGGAUGUGAUUUUGACCUUUAGGCGAUUUGGCUUCAAAAUAGCAGCAGAAAUCGAGAUAAGAAAACAUAAUGCGUCCUACUUCGCAGACGAGUUGUAUCGGCUUUGUAUGGCAUAGGGUAUGUUCUUUUAUUGCCAUGAAAUGGGUUUACAUUAUUUUUUACUGUCAAUAGCCUUUACUUCCAUUUGCCAGUGGAAGUUUCAUGAAAAAAGAAUUAAAUUAAGACUUUUUGCCAAUUGUAUGUAAUCAUCUUUAGUGGUGUAGUGGUGAGGUGAAGUUGUGUGGAACUGAAGGUGCCAGGUUCGAAUCCUGCUCUGUACACUUUCUUUUUUCCUUCCGUCUUUCUUUUUUUUGUUUUUGUUUUGUUUUGUUUGCUUAUUUGCUUUGUUACUGUUGUUUUUUAAAUAUAUACCUUCCAGAGCAAAUGUGGUAUAUUUGUAAAUAAACAAUCUGAAUUUCUAUCAUUUCCUACAAUUUACAUUCCUUAUUUACUGUAAUAUAUUCUACAAAACUAAAACAGUAGCCACAUGCAGUCACAGACUGCCUUCUAUUUUUAGGUUUGGUAUUGUUUGAUAGUAAGUUUUUACAAAGAAAAGUGGCAUUUACAUUGCGACUACCAUAACUGGGACCACCUAGACAAAGUUUAUCAAUCGGAUCACAGGAAAAUAGCUAUACAUUCUGAGAAAGUUAGUUGCAGCCUGCACAGGGCAGCUACCUAUUUUUGUCUUGAAAGCAUCUGAGGCCCAGUUCAUACGUCGUGCUUCUGCCGUGCCGAACCUAAUUAAUAUUGGGUUCGACAGAAGCACGGCAUAAGCACGACUUCAAUUCAGACGUCGUGCCAGAGUCGAACUUAAUUCAGGGUUCGCACAGUAGUCAGUACAGCGGUAAGCGGUAACGAAAAUGGCGCCACACCGUAACCUCCAGCGUAAAUUGCUACUUUUAAAACUCUUACAAAACUCGAGGAGGAGGAGAAAAGAAAUGCAGCAGAAAAUCCUUUUCCUUUUGACCGUCAGGCGAAUGUUAUUAUUAGAAGUUUUCUUUCUUUCUGCUCUUCUUAUUUGUUCCGAGAAAACCACUGCUGAUCGAUCAUGUCGACGGCUUCCCCGUAACAAGGGAUGGUUCGAAGAAGUAUGGAACACAUACACUGAUCAGAGGUUCAAGAAAACGUUUCGUGUAUCAAAAGCCACCUUUAAUUUUAUCCUUGGUCGUAUACAACACGAUUUCGAUGACACUGACUCAACAUCGCCGAUCGCUUCCUCGUCUUCCUCUUCAUCUUGUUCUUUAUAGCCAGCUAGUGGAAUAUUUUCGUCAAAAGGUAGUUCGUCUUCUGAUGAAUUAUCGGACUCUGCAGCACUGCCAACCAAGGAGGAAGGAGCAUGCAAACUUGCACGGAAAGCCGCCAUGUUUGUUUUAAACCAUUCUCGACCCCGGCCCAGUGCUUACGCUUCUGAUUCCUGGCCGUCAUGCGCAGAGGAGCUCUGGGGUAAUAAACAGAAUCAAUGCGCAUGCUCAUUGAAGGACAUUUUUCCUCGAAGCUACUCGCGGGACUCGCAAGAUAACAAUUCCCGCGAAAAAUACAUUUCUGAAAUUUAUGCAUUUAGUUCGACACGGCAUAAGCACGACGUCUGAAUCGCUGCCGUGCCAGAGUCGUGUAGCACGGCAGACCUUGUCGAACUUAAUUGUUCUGCCGCACUAAAUUAAAAACUUUGAUUCAGACGUCGUGCUUCUGCCGUGCUUGUGUCGAACUUAAUUCAAGAAUUAAGUUCGGCACGGCAGAAGCACGACGUAUGAACUGGGCCUGAGAAUUCGAUUUGUCGGGUAAUUUGUUUUGAAAAUUGUUUUGCUCUUUUACCAGUUCCCAGUCCCUGCUGUGUAGCACCCUAUCCAGCAUGCUAGCAAAAUAAAAUGGCGGCCAAAAUUUUUUAUCCGAGAAUUUUGUGAACACAAGAAAGUGAAAAUCUAUGAUUCUUUCUGAACACGCUUUAAAAGGAAAUGGCAAUAAAGUUGUUAAAGAGUUUCUUAGCACUCGUGAAUCUGUGGCCUGUUGGUUAGACAUUCAUGAGUGUUACGUAUAAUGAGGUUGUGGUCGAGAGUUGGACAUGUGUGUGAGUAAUGGGUAAAUAUUUUCUGUAACACAUCCGGUAAGUUACACAUUUGCUUGUCAUGUCAGUUGUAAUGUUAAGUAUUUUGGAAAGGUAGCGAACGUUUAAGUGAGGAUUUGAGGGGGAGAUGUUCUUUCAUAUUGAAGUAUUGUCAUUCAAUAGGCCCAACCAGUUAUCAGCUGUGGAUCAUUGUGGAUCACGAACACAAUCAAUGAAAUCUUGUCAUGUGGGGACAAUUGUUUCAAAGUGCCCUAAACAAUCACAUCAGCAGAAUCGUUUUUAAAUAGCAGAUAACAUUCCUGUUGUAGUUCACUACUUUUUCUAAGCAGGUGAAUGGAGCAACAAGGUGAACAAACUGAAUUACAAUCGACGUCAUAAUUUGCCCUGGCAGGGAGGUAAAUGAAACAAGCGAUUUGCGUACUGAUGUGGGCAAACUGAAUUAAGGUUUUCCAGUUCAUUGAAAACACUUAUUUGCAUUGAUCUCAUGAAGUAAAAAAUGAAUACAACAGAAACGAAUAUGUACAGUUCAGUGGCAAUUCACUAAAUCAAAGAUUCUUUCUGAAACCUUUCUUUUAAAUAUAUGUCUUUAUAAUUGUCAAUAACAAUCCAAACUGACUUUGGAGUAUGCAUUAAUUUUUAUGUACAAUCUUUGAUUAUACAGAGUUUUCUUUAAAAAAAUACGGUUAGUGAGAUAUAUUAAUGCUUGUUGUUAUUGAUUAAAAUCUUUGGGAUUUCAUUGCUUGCAUUAUGCUGUGUGUUUGUUUUUAUUCCUUUGUCUUGUCACGCAAUGCUCCUAGAGACGAACAGCUGAGAGGGAGACAACAAUUUACUUUCUCCUUUUUUAAUCUUAAAACCUUGAAGACCAUGUUAAAUCCUAAACCGAGAUAGAAUAGAUUAUUUACUACCUUUCCAACACCUUGCUCUUUCUACAUGGGGCCGCACUUCACUUCCAAUAUGGAACCUCUAGUUGUCAAUCAUAAUUACCAUGAAACGAAAUAAACAACAUGGAUUGAAAUCAACCGCAAUUACAACCUGCAGGCGCAACCUUUUGAACCUGUUGAAGUAAGCACAUGUUUCCCAAUAGGUCCAUUAGUCAGAGUGAGUGACGGGAGUGAAAAACUUCAAUGAUAGUUGUACUUUUGACUUGCAGUCGCACGUUAUUGCAAAGCCCAGAAAUAGUAGUGAAGAAAUUUCUGGUAGAUUACAAAAUAAUAGCUUGUGUCAAAGAAAUAUCUCCUCCGUUUCAAUAGAAAAACACUGUCUGGUGAAACAUUUUGCUAUCAAUAUGAAAUAUUGACAGCAAAAUAGUGGUUUGAGUGACUUCUGGUUCUUUUACAAGCUGCUGAAUGGCCUACAACCAACUUUCUUGGAAUGUAUUGUUAUUUUCCUGUAAUCUGAUUGGUCAGCUUUGCAUAAGUGUCCCUGGUUACAGUAGUUGUACUGUAAACCAGAGAUAAAAUUAAACCACAACAGAUAUACGUGUCUAUAUUCAUGCAAUAUUAUUUUAAUGGGUUGUUCCAAAUCCACCCACCCCAGUGGAAAGAGAAGUCAAUUGUGUGAUUAAUAUUAUGAGCAAAUUGUGCUAAUCUAACGCUGUUUUACCAGGUUUCAAACAAGGAAAGUCCCUGUGAUGUUAUUUAACAAAUUCUGUACAGUCCAACCCUGUUUUAUGGACACCCGCUUAGUAAGAACACCUUGUUGUUACAGACACUUUGCUUUGCCCCUGGGGAAAGCUAUUUUCUCUAAAUUCAACCUGCUCAAUAUGGACACCCAGGGUUCACAAAUAUGCCAAAUUUGGUGUAUUUUACACAGGGGAGAGGGAACAGGGAGCCUGACUUUGACUCCAGAAAUUUUCGGUAACAAACACAGUUUCGUCCUUACCUUUUUCACAACAAAUACAAUUUACGUUAAUUGUAAACGUUGUAAACCUUAAUUAUAUCAUCAAAAUUAAAGAAUUAUACUGCACGACAAAACGGGAAGAGGGUAAAUUACAAUCAAAGUUUACUCAAUGGCGACCAUCAUAGAUUUGAGCUUUCCAGGCCAGCGGACCGCCACAGCUACUUCGUGUAUCCCUCACGAUAGUGUAUACAUGCCAGGACCACUUGCUGGAAAGUCUGAAAAUGGCUUUUUUCGUUGUGAUACUCGACUGCAAAUAUUCCAAAAUGACUCCAAAAUUUGUGAAGCAGAAGUCACAGUGACUCCACUCAUCAAAAAAAUUUGCAAACCCUGGACACCCAUUAAUUAUUUAUGUGGACAAAAGCCUCUUGCUUCUUGCCAAUCAACAGAAUCUCAACACUGCCAACACUUCAUUUUCAACUCUGUGCUGUGAUAGACCUCUUUUUUCCAAAGGUAUAAAAAAAACUUUCAGUUGGCAGCAUUUUGAUGUUCCCGGCACUACAGUACACUGGAUAGGAUGAGUUUUUUGUUGCCAGUUUCAGACUAUUUUAGCAUCCUUUGAGUUAUGCUUUGAAUGGGUUUGAUUAAGAAAUUUAAAAAAAUUAUAUAGAUGAGCGAUAACAGCCUUGUGAAGGUCAGAGAUAUUUGAUUUGAUGAAGCUAAUGUCCGCUUUUAUUUCCUUAGUAUUUUUACUUUUAAAACAUGUCUUUUUGACUUUAAUAACAUGACCUGCCUAAAGGGACAGAGUCUCUUUUUUACUCAACCACAAAAUCUUUUCAAAAAUUCUUAUAUGAUUUUAUCACGUACAUACCUGUGUUCUGAUAACUUCUCAUCCUCUUAAAACUUUUGGAAUUACGGAAAAUAACAUGCAGCUUUUGUAUGGAAUGAAAUCAUAAGUUUGGGGCCAUCUUUGAUGGUGCAGUAUUUUCUAUGAAAGGAUUGCAGGCCCAGGUUUCAUGUUGUUAACCUUUUUUAUUGUGUGAAGAACUGCAUUUACGGGCCAUUUGCUGAAAACGUGACAGCAAGCACUCAUCAUGAUGUGGCAUUUUUGAGAAAGUGUUUCACUGCCUUCAGUGUAAAAAAGAAUAGGCAGGAGCCCCUGCCUUAUACGAGAAAAAAAAAAUGUACACGUACUUUCUUACAUUCGUGGCAAACUAACAGACCGUGGCUACAAACUGUUUAGCCUCAGACCUGUUGCUUGUUUUACUUUACAGUACUGUUAAAACCCUUUGUUAGUAAUUAACUAACAGAAAUGUAGUGCAAUUUCAUCACCAUUCUUUCUACAAUUCUACACUUUUGUCAGGGUAACCUAAAUUGUAACCGGGCAAGUAUGUCAUCAAGCUUUCCGGCCUGGCUGAUGACUGUAGUUUGAAAGAAGAAUACAAUUUGAAAAUGUGAAGCAGUACUUCAAAACUUCAGAUAGAAACAAUCAAAACAUCAGUAAAAGUACCACUGAGGACACAUUUUAAGCUUUAGAGCCUAUUAACCUCCCCUUCUGUGAGAUUUUCCAGCUUUCUUUUUCACAAGGGGAGUGUGGAUUUUUUCUGGAAUAACCCAUUAUGUUGCUCACUGCUGAUAAUUUCCUUCCCUCAGCUGUCACCAUAUGGACCAGAGGACGGCCGCAUUUCCCCAUUAAGUCCACAGGGAUCACCUUGUGGAUCACCAGCCUCACCAACAUUGGCUUCUCUACAGUCCAGCGGAGGAUAUUAUGGAUCAUCACCAACUGGAGCAGGUUACAUGGGAAUGUCACCAAAUACAUCCCCUACAGCUACUUCCCAUGCAGGUGGAUUUGGUUUAUCUCAAAGCUAUGGAGAACCUCCAAGAAAGAUUUUCCCUGAAGUAGCAUUUGAGGAUCUCAGUGCAUCAUUUAAAAAUCUGUACAAGUCUGUGUUUGAUGCAUCACAAGGUGGGGAGAACUUUGGUAAGCGAUGUUUAAAAUGGAAUUCAUUGGCUUUGACAUUUUUUUUAAAUAUUAAGUUCAACAGACAGUUGUUAUUAUUGAAGCAUAUUCUUCAUAUAUUUUACGGUGCCAGUCGCAAUGUUUGUCGUGAUUGAUGUACUAGCCGAUUUAUAACUCCUCCGAAGUUUUUGUGCCAGCUAAACAAUAUGGAAACACUAUUCACAUCCUUGGUUAUUAAAUAGACUGAAAGUGGUGCACUAUGUGUCCUUGUUUACUUCAGAUCACAUGUGCACAAACUCUUUCUUUUCAAGCAAUAGAUCUCAAAUUAUGCACAAUAAUUAUUACUUCGGCGGAGCGCGAAGUAAAGGUUUCGCGACGCUCAGGAAUGUAUCAAAGUUACAAUUUUUUGACAAGAUUGGGCAUGCAAAGUCUGUAGGUUAUCGGUUUUAUUCGGCUAUUUGACGAAGUGAGAGCCGAAUUAAUUCGAGAUAUCUCGAGAUCACUUCGAUUUCUUUGAUUUAUUAUUUAACUUUUUCGAGGAAGAAAGAAUUAUUAUUUUGGCUUUCCCGGGGUUUGAACCGACUCACCUGUGUGACCCGUCAGAUCAGAGGAGACAUUAAGUUGAGGGAUUAGCCGAUUGCGCUAAUGCGUCUCAAGGUAGUUUGGGAUAUGAAAAAUAGUUAUGAAAUGAUGCAACUAGUUUCGGGACAAGAUUGGGCGUGCAAGUUCGUGACUUUUCGGCUUGUUUUAACUAUUUCACCAAAUGAGACCGGACUACUUCGUGAUAUGUUGAGAUCACUUCGAGUUUAGUCUUUAAUUACUCGAGGAAUAAAUAGAGGAUAUUUCGUGGCCCUGCAGAGACACGAAAUUUCUCUUCGAGUGUACAUUUUGUCUUUGUUGAGUGUUACGUAGUAAAAUUGCUUUCAUGCGUUGCGUGACUUUCUCGAACGUUCUCUACGUUUUUGGAUUACCCAUGAAUAAUUAAUUAGGGCAUGUUUACAUUUCAGCAUGAGUCAGCAGAUUUGCAUCAGUUACUGAAAUCAUAAAAUAUGUCGAAAAGCUACCACUAUUCACCUGCUGUUUAGUAUUUUCUAGAACCUUAUGUCAAACGGUAUACAAGAUCCAAGCGAGUUCUUUUGAAGAACUAAGUUUUUAGUCAAGUGUGACGAAGGUCGAUUUUCAGGUAUUGUGUUUAUAAGUUCGCGGAAGCCGUAAGAUAUCUGAAGUUCAAGUGAGAGUUUGUUAUUAUUGGUAGAGACUGUUUAGUUUUACUCAAAGUUCAAGUCAAGUUUGUGUUGGUGGAUGCUGUGUUUUAAAGCUCUGUAAAGGCUAUGUUCCUUUGGUGUUAAACUUCCUUGUGUUAAUCCGACAUCCCUGCGUGCUGAUAGUCAGUGAAUAGUUAUCCUCAAAACAUUCGAACUCGUGACUUUGAGUUUUAGCCAAUUCCAUGCUCAACGUAAUUGACUCCUUACCCAUGCCUUACAUAUCUUUAAUCAGUACAUGAGACUGCUAUGCUGUUUUUGAAGCCUGAUGUGACUAAGAAAAAUAGAGAAUUGUUUUUUUUAGAAGGAUUUGUAUGGAGUCAUCAGAGCAUAACUGGGGUAAUACCUCGGAGACAAUUUGUCCUGAAAUGCUAGUUUUUGGCAAGUAAGCCUCUUGGAUGUUGCUCUUUUCAGAAUAUCCUGACAAAUCCCAUAAUUUCACAAAUUAACACCUUACUCUUACCAUAUUUGAUUUCUUACUAUUCCUCCGCAUUUACAAUUAAUUAGUUCCACAACCACGACGCCGAAGUGUACGCUCCGUAGCGUCUUGUUGACCCUUACAUUAAGUAAAACCUUUUGGUUCAUUCAUAUUAAUACUGUUUUUGCCCCUCACAUAUUUUACUGUCUUCGUUCGUAUUCAAAACGCCUGUAGGAAAAUAAAGGUUGGGUAAGUCGUGUAUUGUCUCAAGAUAAAUGGAUUACACUCUUUUUUAUGUCCCCAUUUUGAGGUGACUUCAGUUUAUAUCUCCAUAAAAUGGUACAAGAAACAUCUGAAGAAACCUCAAGCAAGCUGAAAAUUUACAAAGGCAUGUUUUUUGAAACUUGCUAAUGCUGACAUUAAUAUAUCAUGUUUGCUGAAUGGGCGAAAACACAGAAUUGUGAUCACAAAAUCAUGUACAAAUUUAAUAAUAAAAGCUUAGCAAGAUACCGAUACAAAUAAAAGCAAACCCCCUGAAACCUCGACCUGGGCUACACUUGUAUGCUCUACUCAGUCACCAAACCUUGUCAGUAAUGGCUCCUGUUUUCCUCAAGUCGGUCUUUGUGAAGCUCCCGGAUGGGAUGUCCCAGUGAAGCUUUGAAUUUGUGUGCAAAAUUCUCAGAGUUCCUAUUUUUGUCUGUGUCUUCUUUAUCCUCAGUAUCCACAAUUUAGACCUCCAAAGUGGCGUGUGUUGCAUUAAAUAGAAGGAAAUAUUUAAAGAAAAAGCCAGUCUUCUAACAUGGCAAAGUUGUCACGUCCCUCGCUCAUGGGCGUGCGUAACAUCAGGAUUCAUCUGACAUUCGUCGGCAAUCGAGUUGUUCGCUUCACUGAGUACGACAGCUUACAAUCAAGUCUUUAGCCAUAGUGUCGUCAACUGGUGAAAUACUUUGCUCAUAAAUUGUGCUUGUUAAUAUUGCUCAUGUACUACAUCGAUCGAUAAUUCUCUCUUUGAGUUCACGAAGCGGCCCUGGUGUUCCAAACCUGACGCUCACAUUCAUCUUUUAGUGUGAACCUACCGUGAACGGCGUGUGGGUUUGUAUGCAACAUGAGCAUUUCUCUGAGUUUCCCAGCGCCAACAUCAUCAACUGACUUAAACUCGAACAAUAAAAAACUUAUAGAGUGACUCCUAUGAUCGAAUCGCUUCGAACAACGCAAAUAGCCUUCUUCAGGUUCGCAACGCCUUCUGGCUUUCUGGGGGGCGGAGACGAGGUACAAAAAGUAUUCGUGUAAGGGUCCGUGCAAGAGAAAAUCCUAUGAAACCAUUUGUGAGAACAUCAUUUCUCGGUAUCAGACCCUCGUGUCUUCCCUCCCACCCAGGACCGUUUUUCUACACCGAUGACCAAAAACUGAAUUUAUAACUGGGCCACACAGGCAGCCCAGUAAAACUGUAGUUCCACACAAGACCAGCUGGUUUUUUCUUGAUUACCACCUAGCCCCAAUUACUUUCCAGAAUGAGGAAAUGAAAUUGAUUUCAGGCCCACAAAACAUUUCAUAUUAGUGAGUUUAAGUUUAUAUUUGCAUUCAAGCUAAAAAGCAAAGUUAAAAAAUAAAAAGAUGUUGCGCUUCAUGGAAAGGAGAGAAUGUCAGUUGCGUUUAACUGCAAAGCUCAAAAAAGAUCUGGGCGUAUGGAUUAGUAAGGAUCUGACAUGGUGCAAACAAGUAAGCGAACAAUCUUUGCGAGCUAAUAAACUGCUUGGAUACUUAAAGAGGAACGCAAGGUUCAUACUUAAAACCGAAGUAAGACAAGCGCUAUACCUAGCCCUAGUACGGCCACUUUUGGGAUACACCACCCAAAUUUGGGCCCCGCAGUCCAUCGAGCUCAUUGUCAAGCUUGAGGGUAUCCAAAGAUGCAUGACUAAGUUUAUCUUAAAACUGCCUUAUUCUUCUAAUAUAAUUAUGUUACGUCUUGUUUACAAACUCUAAACCUAACACUUAUUUGUUACUGGCAUGAACUUUUAGAUCUAACCUUUUUUUUCAAAUUGACACACGGUCUUGAUAACUGAACUCCUCUGUCCUACCUGAAGUUCGCAAAUACGGUAGAUGCACUGGAUCCUCAACCAGCAAUGUUAAUAAAUACGUAAUUAAGAAAUGUAGAACUAGUACGUACCAAAAAUCCUUUCUCAUUAGAACUAGUAGAAUUUGGAAUUGUUUAGUGGAUGACACUAGAUUUGAGCUCAUCGACCUUAGCUUCCUUUAAAUUGGUUAUUUUUAUUUAUUGUAAGUCUGCGUUAGCUGUUUCCUAUGAUUGUGAAGACCCACGUUCGUUCAAGUCUACCUGUUUAAAAUGUAAUAGUGCUCGUCCCUUGUCUUGUAUCGCUGUGUUUUUUAAUAUUUCUCGUUUUUAUUUUUUUAUUAGUAUCCGGGCCUGCUGUAAUUGGCCACAGCUGUUGCGGUGUCUCUGCCAACGUUCUUUCUUUUUUUCUUUUUUUUGGGCGAAGCUAAUAAAAUAAAAUAAAUAGAAAUAAAAUCAUGACCUUUUGGCUGCUGUUGUCAAGCUUUAUAUUAAAUUACUCAGCACACCUCAGGUAUCACAUUGCUUCUCUUCCCUUCUGUGCAAAUUCGCAGUAUGCUUUACUGGUUUUGUAUCUGUUCUGUGUGGGCAUAACAUUCAAUCAUGAUAAUGUUAUAUUUUUUACAAACACAACACAAAAGCAGCCUUGUGUUUAAACAGUGCUCUUUACCAUGUUUCCAUGACAACCCAUCCAGAAUAAUUUUUUACAUUUGCAACUUCGAACAUCACUUAGAGUUGUAGCUGCUGUUAUGCUUACAGCCCAACUAAUACAGCCCAACUAACAGGGGAAAUUCCUGGUACAUGUACACUGAAGCAUUCAAAGUAGUUUAUUUGUGUUAUUUGUCUGUUGCAGGUGGAGGAAGCUUCAAUGUUGGUAUGUUUGGGACCAGUCAGAGCCUUAACACUUCACCAACAAUGCAAAAACAGCAUCAUCAUCAUCCACAACAACAACAUUUUCAACGACAACAACAACAACACCAGCAUCAACAACAAAACAAUAUCAUGCAAAAUAUGGAACUGCUCUUAGACAGUCUGAACACAAGGAGCUUUCAGAACUUUGACUUGAAUACCUGGCAAGUACUUAUGGACAGCAUGAAAACGGCUGAUUUGCAGAACAUGGGCGUGGAUCAGAAUCAGUGGCAGGACUUUGCUUUUUCAUUUAGUCAAUAUCUUCAUCAGCAGGGCGUUCUUCCUGAUACCAAUCUUGUUCAUGGAAUAAGUCCAACAUCUUCAAAUAACAGCAGUAUAAUGGGUAGUUCUCAAGGUAUGCUGCAAAUUAAUAAUCCACAGUAUCAAUCAGGGGGUUCCCCAUUACAGGGAUCCCAGCAUAGCUACAGCAGUUCAGCAAGCUACAGUGGCAGUUCUGUGCACUCUAUACCAGGAAUCAAAGUCACCUCUCACCCAACCAUGGUUGAAACUUUGAAUCAACCAACAAUGGCUCAAACAAGACCAGUGGCAAUUGAUGAUGAUGAUGACGAGGAAUUUGACUGGGAUUCAUUACUCUAA